UUUUUUUCCAGCUUUUCGGUUGUCUAAGAGUUUAAUCUUUUGUGGGUAUUUUAGUGGUGGAUUUGAUCUUAGGUGAAGGUGGUUAAUAGUUUUAUUAUGUCUUUUGUGUUAUUUCCUUUAAUGGUUUUAGUUUCGCAAUGUAUGGGUCCGGUCCUGGGUGUUUCCGGCUCUUGGCUUAGAUGAUAUUAUGUAUAAGUUGGUUUUUGAACUCAUAUGUAUGGUGUUUUCAGUUGUUAAUGAUAAUUUUUAAUUGACAAAAUAGAGAGAAUGUUUUAUCUUUAUAUGUCCACCAUGGCCGUUAUAGAUGCAUUUAUCAAUUACAUUACAUGGUUAUUUUCUUCCCUAUCUGUUUUAGAGGAAUCCAUAUGUGCUGACUAAAAAUCAUCUUUGUACUUUCAUAGAUGCCACAUCAAACAACAUAUAAGUGUUCUUUGAUCAACUGCUAAGGCUGAAGUAGUGUUUCCUAAUAACAUAAUAGAUAUCUCAUCUACAAGGCUGCUGAAUAGAUGAUGUAGAAAGGCCGUUGAUAAAUUGGAGAGACUCCAAGUCUUAUAGAGUAGCAAUUGUACCACUUUGUUCCGUUUGUUUCCCAUAUGGGGUUAAUGUCGUUUGUUCCUUCGUGAGCCAAAGGCCCACUAUUAUUAAACCCCAUUAAUCAGCCCAUUAGUUGACCCAAUUACAACUUAGAAGCCACGUUCUAAGGUGGUUUUCUUGUUUUGACCUAUUGAUAAAAUAUUUCAAGAACGUGAAUUACGUAAUGCCAGAGGAUCAAACAUUGUAAAGUGUGAUAAACAAAAGAGAGAGAGAGAGAAGAGAAGGAAUCAAACAAAGGGGAAGAACAAAAAAGAAAUGGCGUAUAGGAGAAGACAAGGGAUCACAAGAGCUUCAACAUUCAACGACGAUAUCUACAAUCAAACACCUGAUCACGACCACGGCGAUCUCAAAGGUCACUCCAACGGCGGAUCCUCCUUCAGAUCUUCUCAAUCUUUCUCCUCUCAUUCCUCCCUUGCCGCUCAAGCAAUCCGCGCCUCCAAUUCCCACGACGAUGCAACGACUAGGAACGAGAGCCGCGGCUUCUGGGGUAUCCUCGCUCAGAAAGCCAAAUCAAUCCUCGAGGAGGACGAAGAAGAAGAGCAACAACACCAACAACAACAACGAAACGUUGUCGUUUCAGAGCCCUCGAAUAAUAAUAAUAACAAUAACCCUACGAUACGCAAAAGCAUAGAGAAGAUCACGACGACGAUGAAUCAUAUAGGAGACAGCUUCGAGAAAGGCCGUACGAUCGUAGAGUCUCAGAUCAGGAAGAAAGGAUCAGAUCUAAUGGAGAACGGUCCAUGGCAACCGUUAACGCAACCGAGCCCACACGAGUCUCAGCUCAAAGCUUCACGUGACGUGGCCAUGGCUACAGCAGCCAAAGCCAAGCUCCUCCUACGCGAAUUAAAAACGGUUAAAGCUGACCUAGCGUUCGCUAAACAAAGAUGUUCCCAGCUCGAGGAAGAAAACAAACGGUUAAGAGAUAACCGGGAAAAGGGUAACACCAAUCCAGCGGAUGAUGACCUAAUCAGGCUUCAGCUCGAGACGUUACUUGCGGAGAAAGCAAGACUAGCGCACGAGAACUCUAUCUACGCGAGAGAGAACAGGUUCUUGAGAGAGAUCGUUGAGUAUCAUCAGUUAACGAUGCAGGACGUUGUUUAUAUCGACGAAGGUAUCGAAGAAGUCGCUGAGGUGAAUCCUUCCAUCACUCGAACGCUCUCAAUGGCUUCGUUUUCGGGUGCUUCUGAGUUGCCUGUCUCUCCUUCUCCUUCGUCUCCGGGUUCGCCUUCUCGGCUUUCGGUUUCUACCGAUGUUUAUCCGGUUUUGGUUCAGCAGAGUUCGGCUAGUGAUGUUGUUGAGAGUCCUAAACCGGUUCGACCACCUUCUUUGGGAUAUGCGGAUGAUGGUAAGAGACCAUCGUCUCAGCUCUCUGUUUAGAUUCGAUGAGUUGAUUAUUCUUUAUUACCAUUUUGAUUUGUGUCUUGUGUUCGAAAUUCUUUUGUUUUUAUUAGCAGAAUUGUGUUCUUUUUAUUACCUUGGUUUCAUUUUGGUUCUGUUGUGUAAUAGUUUCUACUUGUUCUAAACAUUUUUGCCCAUGUAAAUCUUUCAUUUUGAUUAUUAUUUGUGUCUUGUUUUGAAAUGUUGUGUUGUUGUUCUUAUGAGUUUUGUGGUCUUUUUAAUAACUUGGUUUCAGCUUUGGUUCUAUUGUAAUGGUUUCUUCUUGACUGAUGAAUAGUUUUACCCUCUACGUUCGUGUAAAUCUUCAAGGGGAAUUUAUUGAUUUGAUUUUUUUUCAUUUUGGAAAUAUAGAAUUAAACAAAUGAUGAGGCAAGUGUAUAUGUUCGACAUUCACGGCGUAACAGAGUCUUUAGUACUAACAUGCAACCACGUCUGUGCAUAUUUUUAGAUCUGGAAAACAUAAUAGGUGUCAGAUUGGUCUAUUGUGAGUAUAUACAAUCAUACAACUCUAACGAAUGUCAAGUGAUUAGAAACUUAAAAAUUAUAUAUCAUUUAUUUUUAUUGAAUUGUUUUUUGGCAGCCUAUUUUUUAUUGAUAGGGUCAAUUAGCCAACUGAUCAUGUUAACAUUGUGUUUAAGCUGAUAGCUAUUAAACAACAUAAUAACAAAUUAAGCGAUUGUGUUUUCUUUGAACAAAUAAGUCUUUCUCAGAUGCACAACUCUAUGUAAUAUUUUACCAAAAAAAAAAGAAAAAAA